AUGUUUGGCAGAAACCCCAUACGCUACACCGAUAGAAUUACUCAGAGGUUUUCGGAUAUCGAUUUCGCAACCAUGGAAAAGGACGGGUGCGUUGCGUUCAUCGAAAGGUUCAAUGGGGAAAUGUACCAUUUUGGGAAUAGUAACAUACAGGAAUGGUUGGAUGAACACAAAGACGAUGUUGUUGGUAACAUAGAUGAAGAAGUACUUGAUGGUGCAGGACUGGUUAAGGAAGUUGCAACAGGGCAUCGGGAUGUGGGUGAUAUUGACGAUGAGGAAGAGAAUGGUGAUGAGGAUGACGACGAGGAUGAGGAUGCUGAUGACGAUGAGGAUGACCAUCUGAAGUGUCACACCCCCGAACUAGACGUCGGAAAUGUCCGGGGGCUUGUGCGUGACUUCAUCUUGUAA